GAUACUAGCCAAUAGGAUCCAACAGUACAUUAACAAGAUUAUUCACCCCCAGUCUCUCUGCUUCUCUUUGAUUGCUGUUCUGAGCUUUUUGCUUGAUUUGCAGUACUCGAGUUCACUGCCAUGUCUUCUGAAGAAGGGAUGCUUUUCUUGGGAGGGUUGAACUUCAACACCAAUGAGCAGGCUUUGGAAGACCACUUCAGCAGCUUCGGUCCUAUCUCUGAGGUGGUUGUUGUCAAGGACCGGGAGACUCAACGAUCCCGGGGUUUUUGUUUCAUCACCUUCACCAAUCCAGAGCAUGCCUCAGAUGCCAUGAGACCCAUGAAUGGAAAGUCUCUGGAUGGUCGCCAGAUCCGUGUGGAUCACGCGGGCAAGUUGGCCAGGGGAACUAGAGGGUGUGCCUUUAGGGCCCAUGGGCGUGGUCGCAGCUACUCUAGAGGUGGUGGGGACCAGGGCUAUGGGAGUGGCAGAUAUGACAGUCAACCUGGAGGAUAUGGAUAUGGAAGGUCCAGAGACUAAGGUGGCAGAAGCCAGGAUAGUUUUGACCACUACUCAGGAGGAAAUUACAGAGACAAUUAUGACAACUGAGAUGAGGCAUGUGCACCUAAAGUAGAUACACAAGGAAUAAAACUUCUGAUCCAGGAUCAUCCUUCCAAAUGGCUGUAUUUAUAAAGAUUUUUGGAGCUGCACUGACACAUCUGUUCUAGUACAUCAAGUUCUAUUUUUUAACUGAGCUCCAGAAGUAGUUUGUUAUAGAGACAUUUUAGAGAAAGCUCCAUUUGAUUUCUAAAAUUUUCUCCCAUUUAAAUACUAAUCCUGGGACAUUGCAGAUGCUGGGUAUUUUUCCUCAACCUGUUUUUCAGUUUGGGCUCUCAGGAUUACUGGUUGUGGCAAAAAAAAAAAAAAUGUUUGUUCAGACUGCUUUAAAAACAAAUAAU